AUGGCCAGCGGUCGAAUGUCCAUGUACUCGGUGGCAUCCGAGGGUCUUGGAGGCCCUCGUGGUGCCCAACAGUCUACCCCUGUGUCAACCACCACUCUCCUCAACGCCGUUCACAACAUCUACUUGUCGUCCCAGCCCUACAAUCUGGAUGCUGGGACGAGCCUCGUCGUCAACACAUGGCUCACCGCAGCUCAGGCCGGCUCCGAUGGAAGACCCGGUGGCACCAUAGACCCUACCCUCGGUGCGAGAGCAUGGGAACACGCUCGUCGCCGUGCCGAGGACGGCUGCAUCGUCCUUGGGUCUCUUCACACAUCGACGCCCUCUGUCCUCACCCCGUUCCUCUCAUCUCUCCCCCUCUCGAUCCCCUCGUCGGUUUUCAGGUCAUUGGAAGCCAUCCAACCAUUCCUCAGGUGCUCUACCCCAUACAACCCUUCUGCAUCUCGCCAGUCUGCUCUCGGUGUCACCUUGACACUUAACCUGACGGGAAAUCUUCAUGGGGCAUCAGUUUCCUUGUCUCAGGGCGGCAUUGAUACUGCCAAGGGUCUGCUUAGUAUUCCUCCUGAGGCCGGAUAUCGCGCCUUUGACGUUUUCUACUACCUCCUCACUUCGGCUUCCACCCCUGCCGAGAGAGAAUUCUUAGGCCUGAAGGCUGCCUCCAACUACGCUCUACUUUCCAGAUCCGGCACAUACGACCCUCCCUCUUAUCUGCCGACCGCCGAUGAUGCUGCCGCUGCUGAUGACUUCCGCUCCGCCUUGAAAGAAAUCGGUAUCAAGGGUUCCGCUCACCGCAACCUGAUUUCCACACUUGCAGGCUUAUUGAAGCUUGGUGACACUCUGGACUACCAUGUCGAUGAGGAGGUCUUCGAGGAAAUCUGCGAGGAUGUCAGUGGGCUGCUAGGCAUGGAUCCCGAGACCCUUGCCAGGCAGUGUACAACCCAGGACCGAUCGACCUUUGUUGCUGGUCUUUACGAGGCACUGGUCGAUUGGGUCAUCUCCAAAGCCAACGAGGCCAUUUCUGCCCAGAUGCAGCGUAUCAAAGAUGGUGCUGAGUCCAUUGACGGCCGCGGCACUCAUACGCCCACUUCCAAUGGUGACAGCGGAGACACCGUCUGUAUCACUAUAUUGGAUGUGCCUGAUCCGAAUUUGGGCAAGGCUUUGUCUAUGAGGGGGAUAUUCGAUGAUACUCUUGGCAUUAAUGCUGAGAUGAUUGCGGAUGGCGUUGAAGUCCCCCCUGCAGGCAGCACUAUCGUGCGAGAGAUGCAGACUGCGAUUGGCGAGGUCGGCCCUGAGAUGGGCAUCAUGUCAGGUGCGGCCGGUAAGGACCGUCAGCAUGAGUUGGAGAAGCGUGAGGAGGUCCUCGAGAAGAUUGGACAUUCUGCAGACGACGAUGCUUUCCUCAAGAAGUUGCUUUUCCCCGUUGCGGGCGAAGGCAUCACCUUGGGACGUGCUGGUCGCAUCGACCUGUUGUCUUUGAUGAGCUCCAGCCGUGUUUGGUACCAUCUUGCCGUUCAUCCUACUGACGAUUCACCUGCAAGCUUGGCUGCCCUGCCCUCGGUGAAUUCUGCCUGGUCCGCUGGUACCGUUUCCCGCCAGCUUCGCGCCUGGCGCCUGCCUGAAUGGGCCAACAGACGCAACAAGAACCUCGACUUCACAGCAGACUUCGACAUUGACGAGUUUGUCCAACGUUAUGCCGCGCUUGGCUGUAAAGAUGGCCGUGAGGGCAUUGAAACCUGGAUUCUCGAGCGCGGAUGGACCAAUGGCGAAGUAGUCAUCGGUAAAGAACGUGUUUGGGUACGGGAGGCUGCGUGGUGGGAGGCCGAGAGCAUGCUUGAUAUGAAGCCACUGGACAACAACCUUCCUGGCAUGGGUAACGUCAUGGUUGCCAACAACUUGGAGUCGGGAUACUCGGCAAACGGCAGCGGCUACUUCCCAACUCCCAUGCUUGGCGAAACAACUCCUAAUGGUAGCCGUGAUCACCUCAUUGCUCAUCAGCGAAACUACAGCCAAGGCAAUCUCUCCCAAGCCACGCUGAACCACAACAACGCCAUGCGAGCACCAUCCAUUGCCCCUUCUGGAAUGCGCAAUGUGCAACAGUCAGGAGACUAUGGACUGGGUACAAAGGGUGAUACUUACAAGGGCCAAGUUUUCUACAACAACGAGGGCGAAUUCGUCGGACAGAUGGAUCCCGAGCUUGCUGACGGCAAACAUGUCGAAACCAAGGAGAUGACCAAGGAGCGACGGAUUUGGGUCGCAAUCGUCUGGGCUUGGACCUGGUGGAUUCCUUCUCCUCUGUUGAGUUUUGUUGGCCGAAUGAAGCGGCCCGAUGUCCGCAUGGCCUGGCGCGAGAAGCUCGUCCUCGUUUGGUUCAUCAUUCUCAUGAAUGCUGCCAUCGUCUUUUGGAUUAUCUGGUUCGGAAAACUCUUGUGCCCCAACUUCGACAAGGCUUGGAAUACCAAAGAAGUCGGGUAUCAUGGUGGCGAAACCGACUUUUAUGUCAGCGUUCGAGGUCGCGUUUACGACAUUUCGAAGUUCUGGAAGACGCAACACUCUGACACGGCCAUCGAGACCACCAAGGACAAUAUGUUGCCAUUCGCGGGUAUGAACUUGGACGAGUACUUUCCCCCUCCCCUGACGCUGGUAUGUCCUGGUCUCGGACUCGCGGAAACCACUCAGUUGACGGCGAACAACACCCCGGAGUACACCACGGGUGUCCAUACGUCUGGCUACUACGCUUCCGACCGCACCAGUGCUUUGGGCAACACCGACUGGUACAGCAAGACGUUCCUGCCCCGUAUGAAGGAAUACUACAAGGGUGACCUCGUCUGGGACAAAAAGACUGUGUCAGAUGAAGGCUCCAACGACAGCCACAUGUGGGUUAUCUAUGAUGGCGCCGUCUACGACUUGACCGACUAUUAUAAUACCAUGGAUAUACAGAAGAACGUCGACACGUACAAGUUUCUCAAUACGAAACUUACCAACGUCGUUUCCAACAACCCUGGCGAAGAUGUCACAGACUUGUGGAACGACGUCAUAAAGACUGCGGCCACGAACACGACCGAGAACACAUCUGUGCAGAACAGUAUGAACUGCAUAAAGAAUCUUUUCUACGUUGGUAUUCCGGACUUCCGUAACUCCGCCAAGUGUCAAGCAAACAACUACAUUAUGUUAGCGAUGACGAUCAUUCUCUGCUCCGUCAUUCUUAUCAAGUUUUUGUCCGCCCUUCAGUUUGGCUCGAAGCGACGUCCAGCUCCCCAGGACAAGUUUGUUAUCUGCCAGGUUCCUGCCUAUACUGAAGGCGAAGACUCACUACGGAAAGCCCUCGAUUCCCUUACAGCCUUGCAAUAUGACAACAAACGGAAGCUCAUUUGCGUCAUCUGUGACGGUAUCAUCGUUGGUGCCGGCAACGAUCGUCCAACCCCCAAAAUCGUUCUGGAUAUCCUCGGUGUUGAUCCCAAGGUUGACCCACCCGCGCUUCCUUUCAAGUCUGUUGGCACUGGCAGUGAGCAGCUGAAUUACGGCAAGGUCUACUCGGGUCUGUACGAGUUUGAGGGAAAUGUAGUCCCAUACAUCGUUGUCGUCAAGGUUGGAAAGGAAUCUGAGCAGUCCAAGGCUAAGCCUGGUAACAGAGGCAAGCGUGAUUCCCAGAUUCUUUUGAUGAGCUUCCUCAACAGGGUUCACCACCGCGCUCCCAUGAGUCCUCUUGAACUUGAGAUGUUCCACCAGAUCAACAACAUCAUUGGGGUUGAUCCAGAACUCUACGAGUAUCUCAUGAUGGUUGAUGCCGAUACCUGCGUCAGGGAAGAUUCGCUGAAUAGACUUGUAUCGGCUUGCGCCAAUGACGCCAAGAUUGCUGGUAUUUGCGGCGAAACCGGCUUGCAGAAUGAUGACAGAACAUGGUGGACUAUGAUCCAGGUUUACGAGUAUUUCAUUUCCCACAACCUCGCCAAGGCCUUCGAGUCUCUUUUCGGUAGCGUUACCUGUUUGCCUGGAUGUUUCACCAUGUACCGUCUGCGAACCGUUGACAAGGGCAAGCCGCUCAUCAUCUCUGACGGCGUAAUUCGCGACUACAGUGUUUGCGACGUCGACACCCUUCACAAGAAGAACCUCUUGUCUCUCGGUGAGGAUCGUUACCUUACAACGCUGAUGACGAAAUAUUUCCCGUCUAUGAAGUACAAAUUUAUUCCCGAUGCGUACUGCCAAACCGCAGCUCCCGAAUCGUGGAGCGUUCUUUUGUCUCAACGUCGCCGUUGGAUUAACUCUACCAUCCACAACCUUUUUGAGUUGAUGAAGCUGAAGGAAAUGUGCGGAUUCUGCUGCUUCAGCAUGCGCUUCAUCGUCUUCAUCGAUCUGUUCGGAACCAUCAUCCUCCCCGCCACCACCGUCUAUCUCGGAUACCUCAUUUACACCUUGGCUACCAGUACUGGCCAGAUUCCGUACAUUUCCAUUAUCAUGAUCGCCGCAGUGUAUGGUCUACAAGCCUUGAUAUUCAUCUUGAAGAGACAGUGGCAACAUAUCGGAUGGAUGAUCAUCUACAUUCUUGCUUUCCCUAUUUACUCCUUCGCCCUUCCCAUCUACUCUUUCUGGAACCAGGACAACUUUUCUUGGGGUAACACUCGUAUCGUCAUUGGAGAGAAGGGCGCUAAGCAGUUGGUCGCUGUUGACGACGAAGGAUUUGACCCCAGGAGCAUUCCUUUGCAGCGAUGGGAUGAUUACGCCAUGGCCAACAACCUUCCUGGACGUCGUGGCGGCUACAUGGAGAAGGCCGACAUGGGUUAUGACGACCAGUACGAGAUGGACGAGAUCAGGUCGGUCUACUCGUCCGUUCGCCAGGGCUCCGUUCUCACCGGUAUGAACCGCAACAACACCUACAUGCCGCCUCAGUCCCCGGCUCCUUUCGGAGGCCACAUGGCUCGCGCAUCGGGUGCGACCAGCCCGUACCACAAUGACCAGACCAUGGCCAAUAGGCAAUCGAUGGCCUCUCUGGGUACUCACGACAUCCAUCGCAUGCAGACCCCCUAUCAAGACUUCCCCGGUAACCGUCCCAGCGUCUCCAACCUACGUGGCCAGGCUAGCCUUUCGCCUGGUCUCGGCGGUAGCCGGUCACAAUCAGCACUGGGUCUGAACCGUCCCAGCGCGAACCAAUCUACUUCGUCGUUCGACUUCCAGCGUGGCAACAUGCAAGGUCCCGACGACGGUAUGAUCAUCGAAGCCAUUCAGGGCGUCCUGAGGGAAGUGGACCUCGACACCGUCACAAAGAAGCAAGUGCGUGCUCUGGUUGAGCAGCGGCUGCAGACCGGACUCGUCGGCGAGAGGAGGACGUUCAUGGACAGGCAGAUCGACAACGAGCUGGCGAACAUGUAA